AUGAAAUUUCCAAUUGAGACUCCAAGAAAACAGGUGAACUGGGAUCCUCAAGUGGCUGCUCCCUCACCAGUGGCAGCUUGUGCUCCUGAGCCCAAAACUAACGGGCAUUACCCAUCUCCACAACUCUCCAUUUCCUCCCGAGCCACUGUUAUUGCCACCAUGGAAACCCCUUCUCAAGACCGGCAGAAAGUCAUGAAUUGGAAAACAGUGGUGGCCAUCUUUGUUGUGGUGGUAGCUUACCUGGUGGCGGGAGGACUCGUCUUCCGUGCCCUGGAGCAGCCCUUCGAAAGCAGGCAGAAGAACACRAUCGCGUCAGAGAAGGCUGACUUUCUUCAGGAGCACAUUUGUGUAACUGAGCUAGAGCUGGAGACACUGAUUCAGCAUGCUGUUGAUGCUGUUAAUGCAGGAGUCAGUCCCAUUGGAAAUUCCUCUAACAACAGUAGUCAUUGGGACCUUGGAAGUGCCUUUUUCUUUGCUGGAACAGUCAUCACAACUAUAGGGUAUGGGAAGAUGGCCCCAAGCACUGUUGGUGGCAAGAUUUUCUGCAUCUUGUAUGCCCUAUUUGGGAUUCCACUGUUUGGCUUCUUGUUGGCUGGGACUGGAGACCAACUUGGAACCAUCUUUGGGAAGAGUAUUGCAAGGGUGGAAAAUGUUUUCAGAAAAAAACAAGUGAGUCAAACAAAGAUCCGGGUGAUCUCCACCAUYGUUUUCAUCCUGGCAGGCUGCAUUGUCUUUGUGACCAUUCCUGCAUUUGUCUUCAAGUGCAUCGAGGGUUGGACAACCUUGGAGUCCAUCUACUUUGUAGUUAUUACUCUGACCACGAUUGGCUUUGGUGACUUUGUAGCAGGAGGAAAUUAUGACCUCAACUACAUGGAAUGGUAUAAACCCUUAGUAUGGUUCUGGAUCCUUUUUGGCCUUGCCUACUUUGCUGCUGUCCUAAGUAUGAUUGGAGACUGGUUAAGGGUCCUGUCCAAGAAGACGCAAGAAGAGGUUGGUGAAAUAAAAGCUCACGCAGCAGAGUGGAAAGCAAAUGUGACAGCUGAGUUCAGAGAGACACGGAGGCGGCUCAGUGUGGAGAUCCAUGACAAACUUCAACGGGCAGCCACCAUCCGGAGCAUGGAGCGCAGGCGCCUGGGCCUGGAACAGCGAGCCCACUCCUUAGACAUGCUCUCUCCAGAGAGGCGUUCUGUCUUUGCUACCUUGGAAACAGGACGCUUCAAGGCCUCCUCUCAGGAGAGCAUCAACAACAGGCCUAACAACCUGCGCCUUAAAGCGUCAGAGAAUCUCAACAAGCACGGGCAGGGGGCAUCCGAGGACAACAUCAUUAACAAGUUUGGAUCGUCCGCCAAGAUGACCAAAAGGAAAAAUAAAGACCUCAAAAAGACCAUGCCUGAAGAUAUGCAUAAAAUUUAUGAGACCUUCAGAAACUAUUCCUUGGCUGAAGAAAAAAAGGAAGGGGAGACAAAGAAGAUGUGUAAUUCCAAGAACUCUUCUAGCUCUGCAGUUCUGACCAACUGUAUUCAGCAGCACUCAGACCUGGAAAAUGGAAUGAUUCCCAAUGAAGCCAAAGAAAAGGAGCAUAAAAACAAAGUGUUACUUGAAGACAAAAGUCAAAUGUAAAAGAUGCUUGACUUGAAUUAAUCAUGUUGGUGUUUUUAUAUAUGUAUGUAUUGAGACACGUGCCUUAUACAGACUCCUUAUUCARUCUGAAUUGCAUAGCAUCGAAGAAUAUUUCACUGUGCCAUAAAGA